UGAGCUGAGAAGCAGGAGAAACAGAAGAAUAUUUUUAUUUUAGAAAAAUGAUGUAAUGUGGCGAAAACGAGCGUGUUUUAGGGCGAUGGAGGACAAAGUGUUGAGAUAUCUUUUCAUGAUUAUUUGUGACGAUUACUCCUUCCACAAUCUUAGAACUCACGCUUUUGAUUGGUGUGGAUUGAUUUUACACACCAUACCAUACGUCCAAUUUUGGUUUGUUCUUCGGUAGCUUCCCGCGAAACACAACCUUCCAUGGAUUCACGCCGUUGGAUUUCGCUCAUUUCUAUGUGGAGCGUUUCCAUCUCUCAUCUCUUUCCUUUCUUCUUGUUCUUCUUCUGAAUGCCGUUGGAUUCUUCUCUUCUGCUCUUGUUGUUGCAGAAGGGAGCGCUAUUUUGCUUUUGUUUCGAUCAUGAAGGAGAAUGUAGAUUCCUCUUCACCCACUGGAAUUCUUGAAGACUACUUCAGGAGCUCAGGAUCCGAAUCAACGUCUUCCGGGGACCCCAAACCGCCUUCCUUUUGGCGUGGAAUGUUCAAAUUAUUGAGGUCAAAAUCCACCAAGCCUGUAAGUAAAUUGCAUCCUCUUAAUGUGCUUAAGCUCUCUAAAAAACUGAGCAACAGUAUGAGAGAGAGUUUGCAUCUUCACUUUCGGUUUGAUUCCAACGUCGCCAAUUUUAACUCGCCAUGGAAGAAUUUCACUCUGCGAGAGCUUGAGGUUGCGACCAACUAUUUUAGCUCUGAAAAUCUGAUUGGAAAGGGUGGUUAUGCUGAGGUUUACAGGGGAUGUUUGAAGAACGGACAAGAUGUGGCCAUAAAAAGACUGACGAGAGGAAAAUUUGAUGAGAAUACUGCUGAUUUCUUGCUUGAACUUGGAAUCAUGGCCCAUGUCAACCAUCCCAAUACUGCUAAGUUAAUUGGCUAUGGAAUCGAGGGUGGAAUGCAUUUAGUUCUCCAAUUCUUUCCUCAGGGGAGUUUAGCUUCUUGGCUUCAUGGUUUGAAGGAGAAGCUGGAAUGGAACAUUCGGUACAAAAUAGCCAAUGGAACCGCUAAGGGUUUAAGAUAUCUCCAUGAAGGAUGUCAAAGAAGAAUUAUCCACAGAGAUAUUAAGGCCGCUAACAUUUUGCUCACUGAAGACUUUGAGCCUCAGAAAUUUGUUCAACAGAUUUGUGAUUUCGGGCUCGCAAAGUGGCUACCGAAGCAAUGGACUCAUCAUAUAGUAUCAAAAUUUGAAGGCACAUUUGGCUACUUACCUCCGGAGUAUUUAUCACAUGGUAUAGUAGAUGAGAAAACUGAUGUUUUUGCAUUUGGCGUGCUCCUAUUGGAGCUAGUUACUGGACGCCGAGCUCUCGAUUACUGUCAGCAAAGCCUCGUUUUGUGGGCAAAGCCGUUGCUGAAGAAGAACAACGUGAGAGAACUUGUUGAUCCUUUCAUAACAAACUAUAAUUCACGGCAGAUGAAUCUUGUGCUUCUUGCUGCUUCUUUAUGCAUACAGCAGUCCUCAAUUCGGAGACCUUGUAUGAGUCAGGUUGUUCAGAUCUUGAGUGGAGACCUGAGCUGCAUGAGAGGGACCAGAAAGAUCCAAAUACCUUUCCUUCGAAGAGCUUUUCGUGAAGAGUUAAUUAGAGCAGAACAGCCAAGACUGAGGGAUGUUCUUAUGGAACGUUUGUAGGUGGCUGGUUUCAUGGAAAGUGAAAGACAGAGCAGGGCAUUGUUAUUAACAUGUGGAAACUAAGUUGCUAGGUAUAUAUUGUUCUCUUCAAUGUUUUAAUUGUUUUUUCUCAGUUUAGUUCUUAAAACAAGUUUAAAUUCAUGUAGUUUUUGUAUGUUCCAAGUUUUGUUAGUGUUCAUGAAGUUCAUAAGUUUGGAGGAGGAAGGGUUGGUAGGAUUAUGGAUGCCUUUUCCAUUACCAACCCUACAACCAA